ACUGGACUAACAGGGACCGGACUAUCGGGGACUGGACUAACAGGGACCGGACUAUCGGGGACUGGACUAACAGGGAUCGGACUAACAGGGACCGGACUGACAGGGACCGGACUGACAGGGACCGGACUAACAGGGACCGGACUAACAGGGACCGGACUGACAGGGACCGGACUGACAGGGACCGGACUAACAGGGACAGGACUGACAGGGACCGGACUAACAGGGACCGGACUAACAGGGAUCGGACUAACAGAGACUGGACUAACAGAGAUUGGACUAACAGGGACUGGACUAACAGGGACUGGACUAACAGGGAUCGGACUAACAGGGACCGGACUAACAGGGACUGGACUAACAGGGACUGGACUAACAGAGACUGGACUAACAGAGACUGGACUAACAGUGACUGGACUAACAGGGACCGGACUAUCGGGGACCGGACUAUCGGGGACUGGACUAACAGGGACCGGACUAACAGGAACUGGACUAACAGGGACCGGACUAACAGGGACCGGACUAACAGGGACCGUACUGACAGGGACCGGACUAACAGGGACCGGACUAACAGGGACCGGACUGACAGGGACCGGACUGACAGGGACCGGACUAACAGGGACCGGACUAACAGGGACCGGACUAACAGGGAUCGGACUAACAGAGACUGGACUAACAGAGAUUGGACUAACAGAGAUUGGACUAACAGGGACCGGACUAACAGGGAUAGGACUAACAGGGAUAGGACUAACAGGGACCGGACUAACAGAGACUGGACUAACAGGGAUCGGACUAACAGGGAUCGGACUAACAGGGAUAGGACUAACAGAGACUGGACUAACAGAGACUGGACUAACAGGGACUGGACUAACAGUGACUGGACUAACAGGGACCGGACUAACAGAGACUGGACUAACAGGGACUGGACUAACAGUGACUGGACUAACAGGGACCGGACUAACAGAGACUGGACUAAUAGGGACUGGACUAACAGUGACUGGACUAACAGGGACCGGACUAACAGAGACUGGA